AUGGUGUCGGGAAACCUCUUACACUCGACCAUUUCAACCCCGUGGUAUGGGAAAAACACAAACGACAAAACCCAAUCUGUGGAGAAUCUCUGUCAAGCUAUCCAAACCAUGACCAAGCGCAACCUCAUACUUGGGAUGGAGAGACAAUGGAGAGGUAUUGGUCAAACUUUCCACAAGAUUAUCAACCUGAAGAUCAUCCACGACAACAUCCGGUGGCUUGCUUGCAAGAAAAAACAACUGCAAUGCCUUGCUGCUCAACAUGCUCGAAAGACUCAAAACCGUCAACUUGCACCUUGUUUUAUCAUUCAUUUUGAAGGUUUGACCACGACAUAA